AUGGAGAAGGUUGACACCAAAAUCAUGGUUCCUUUCGAUGUGUGCACAAGAUGGAAUUCAACUUACAUGAUGUUGGAGAGUGCUUUGAAGAUCCAAAAAGGUUUUGAGAGGAUGGAGGAGGAUGACCCAAACUUUUUGGGGUACUUUGAGGAGUAUGAAGCUCAUGAAUUUUAUGAUGCCACUUUGAGAUUUAGUGCAUCAAAAACCAUGUCUUCUAAUGCCCCGCUUCAUGAGAUAUGUUCUUUUUUGGAGGAGAUAGACACAAUGAUAAAUGUUGAUGCUGUUGUUAUGUGCAAAAUAACAACAAUGAUGGAGAGAAAGUUUGAUAAAUAUUGGGGAAAUGUUAAUAAUAUCAAGAAAUUAUUCUUUGUGGCGGUUAUUCUAGAUCCUCGAUACAAGAUGGAAUAUAUGACAUUUUGCUUGGGUGACUUGGUUUCCGAUGAAAAUAGGGUUAAUGACAUGUCAUUGGAGAUCAAGACACUUUAA